AAUGAAUAGUAAGUACGAGUAUAAACUACCUAAACAACCUAAAACGGAUAAACAUAUUGGUCCGUCUACGGAGCCUAAUUUUAUUAAAGUCUUUGCAAAUUUCUCAUCUGAUGGUGUUCAAUAUAAAAGUAUUGCCAUUGAUGAGGAAACCAACGUUGGUCGAGUAUUAAUAGAAUCUUUGAAAAAGUAUACUAUUAGUGAAUGUGAGGCUGACGAUUAUGAACUAUUUGAGGUAAUUGGUAGGGAAAGUGCGUAUGGAUGGGUUGAAAAGUGCUCAAGGAAGCUUGGUAGUUACGAGAAACCUUUAGCUUUACAGAAGUUUUUUAAACCUCAGACUGGUUUCUGUAGAAAAUUUGAAUUACGUGUUAAAGAGGUUAAGAGACGACGAAAUAGUCAAUUGGAGGAUGCCGUUGAAGCCAUUUCUUCUUUAGACAAUCAGCCAUCCAAUUAUAAAACUGUUAUGAUGCCUACCGAAGAGCCUUAUCUCCUUCUUUUGACUGGUAGAGAUGAGAAUGUAGACAAAGUUAUUUAUCCAUUGAACAACGCUGUUCUCAUUGUUGGUAACGACGAAAAUGGAUGCAACAUAAGACUCUAUAGUCCAGAAGUUGGACGGCGUCACUGUUGGUUAAAAGUUCACAGAGAAGAUCAACAAGUAUACUUAAGUGUAGAACCUCUGGCCGAUUGCCAAGACCCAAAGCAACCUACUACAGACAGACAGUACUUAAGGGAAUUAUCAUUUGAGGAAGAUUUAAAAGAAUACAGUAAAGAGGAAUUAGUUGAAAGAUGGUUCACAAUGAAACGUGAAUUCUAUGAUAAAGAUGACAAAAGAUUCAAGAUGAAUUUUGAUACGGAUAAUGUGGAAAGCGUUCUUGAAUAUACGUUCAAUCUUAUUAAACUAGGAAAUCAUGGUUACAAACUAACGCCAGCUUAUAUAUUAGCAAUGACCAUCGAAUACUAUGCAAUACAUAAGGAACAAAGUAAAACAAGACAACUCUUGCUUACUAUCGCUGAAUAUGUUCAUAACGAAGUUGUGAAUUUAAUUGAUACGAUGGCCGAAGAAUAUAAGAAAGUGGUUAGCGAUGACAAGAUAAAGCAUCUGGAGAAUGACUUGGAUAGGCUUAUGCAAUGGUCGUCGAAUAGUUCUGAAGUACGGUUCUUUAUUCUUCAAAAUAUAACUCAAUACUUAAUGGAUCCCUCAGUAUCUUUGCAUCCUGAAGACGAACAUUUAAAGAAUGUUGAAGAGAGAGUAGAAACGUUAUUAACCGAAGUUGUACUUCAUACUAUUCAAUCAUUAAUAUUCUAUACUACUCGUCUAUUAUAUAAUUAUCUUAUUAAAACCGUUCAAGUAGAGAAUUAUAGAAAAUGUCAAGAGGACGAGUAUGAAGAAGAAUUUAGCCCUAUGAUAAGCCUGUUUCAAAAAAUACUUCAAAUGUCCGAAAGAAACCUUAUCCAUCAAGAUAUUCUUCAUCAAAUGUUUGAAUUUAUAUUCUUUUUUACUAAUGCAACACUCUUAAAUGAAAUAUUUAAGCAAGAAGAAAAUUUUACGUGGGAUUUCGGUGUUCAUUUAAAGUCUCGUUUGGAUUUAAUACUUGAAUGGGCCAAUAAGAAUAAAUUUCAAGUUGAAGUUAUAAAUAGAAUGAAGAAAUUGAUAGAAUUAAGUAAUCUAUUGUGUACGUCACAUAUUGUACUUAUAAGGAAUAGUUGGUUUGAAUUGAAGAAGAAAUGCCCUUCUUUACAUCCUGCUCAAUUGAAUUUCAUCUUGAAAAAUUAUCAGCUGAAAAAUAAUAGGAAAAGGCCCGAUUCGUGGAGGCCAGAUAAUUUUCUUCUAGCUGAAGAUGAGGAUCUUAUUUUUGAAACUUUCACCAAUUAUCCGACAAUGUUAAUACCGAAAAGAGGCUAUGUUUUAGAUUUAUAUGCCCGAAUUGAAGAUAAAUCUUUUUACGAACUUCUAUCGAGAGUUCCUUUGGUUUCUUUCAAUGAUAAUUUAAUAACAGCAAAAUAUAAUAGGAAAUCAUCAAAGUCGGCUAUCAACGCUGAUUUAACUUUUUUCUCUAGCACAACAGAUUUUGCUGCACCGAUCGUCGAUGAAGAAUUAGGAGAAAUUGAAAAAAGCUUUACUCCUCCGGAAUUCUCUUGCAGAAUUCGAGCAUCGUCAGCUGUACAAGCAAAUCUUGGAGUAGAACAGUUAGAGCUUCCUUCCAGGUCAAUGUCUUACUCGGAAAAUUGUUUUGAAAUUCCCUCUUCAACUAAACAAAUAGACAAUAUGCCAGAAGUUAUUAUUUCUUCACCUCAACCAAUCAGACCACCUAGACUGAGGAACCACAAAAAACUAAAUACAGAAAGUUCAAAUGUCACGAAACAAGAACGAGAAGAAGAAGAGAAAAACACGAGCGAUCAGGUUAACUCUGAAGUAGAAGAGAAGAAACUGGUUGUCCCGCAACGAAAGAAAAAAGCGUCGGUGUCUAGUUGUUUAUCAGAAACAGCAAAAGAUGAAGAAACGAAAAUUGAAACAAGCUCAUCAUCAGGUAAAUCAUGUCUAAGCGUGCCUGGAAUUUCUCUCGUAAAUAUUAGAAAUACUUUAAACUCUCCAACCGAGUCAGUACUUUCCUCUAACUCUGAAAAAUCAAUUAGCGAUAUUAAUAUAGAAAUGCUGGAACUAAAAAGCAGACGUUCCUCUAUCGAUAAUAGAGUUUUAGAUCAUAAUAACCCAACUCCUUUACAGAGAAUGAUUAUGCUUAGACAGGCUGGCGAACUCUUUCAAGUCAAUGAGAAUUAUACAGCGUAA